CAGGGAGAGACGAGAGAAGUGGACACCUCGCCUGCCUGGACUCGUCUACUCUAGUAUACAGAAAAAAGCAGAAGAGAUACGGGGAUGUCUAAGACGGCGGGCGUCGGCAGACUCGGAGGAGCCGGGGCGGCGGACGCGGCGCAGCAGCAGCAGCUGGCGGCGGGUGAUGCUGCGGUGGCGCGGGCGGCGCGGCCCAUCGAGACGCUGCUGCGCGCGGCGCCGCUGGUGCUGUGCGUGGCCGCCAUGACCCUCAUGCUCCGUGACCAGCAGAGCAAUGAGUACGGCACCGUCGCCUACUCCGACCUGGGGGGCUUCAAAUACCUCGUCUACGCCAACGGCCUGUGCGCCGCCUACUCGCUGGCGUCCGCGUUCUACACGGCCGUGCCGAGGCCCGCCACCGUGUCGCGCUCCUGGGUCGUCUUCCUCCUCGACCAGGUGUUCACGUACCUGAUCCUGGCGGCAGGUGCUGCGGCGGCGGAGCUGCUGUACCUCGCCUACAACGGCGACAAGGAGGUGACGUGGAGCGAGGCGUGUGGUGUUUUCGGCAGCUUCUGCCGCCAGGCGCGCACAUCCGUGGCCAUCACCUUCGGCGCCGUGCUCUGUUUCAUCCUCCUCUCCCUCCUCUCCUCCUACCGCCUCUUCAGCGCCUACGAGGCGCCCCCGCCGUCGGCGCUCGGCAGCAAGGGCGUCGAGAUCGCCGCGUACCCACGCUGAAGCCGCCGGCCAUUCAUCGGAGGCUCUGGAGGGCGAUCAAGUAACGAAGGGAGUAACGAAGGCUGAAUUGUGCUUGACUGCAUCGUUCUUGCGUGUACUGGGUGGAUUGACCUUGAACUUCUUACUACAGCCGUAAAUUCUGUGUAUGUUUCGUUAUGGCAACAUCUUUCUGUGGAAAGAAUGUUUGUAACAAGCAGACGAGAAGUUGUGUGGGU